GCUUACGUUACUGUGGUUCCGGAGGAGAAAGAGAAGACAGUUUUCAACUUCUACUCUAAAAGGCCACAGCGAUCGCGAACUCUCUUUCUCUCUGUGAGAGCUAUUUCCCGCCAAGUUUUAAAAGCUUCAUUGACCAGUCACUACUGUCCGAGUCUACUUUAACAUCCAUGGAAGUGGACUCCGACCCAGACCUUCUCAAAGCUCCGUCGACCAGGCACAAAUGCUCUGCAUGCUACAAGCAAUUUAAGAAAAAGGAACAUUUAGUUGAGCACAUGAAGUGUUCAUUCCACUCUGUUCAUCAACCUAGAUGUGGGGUGUGUAAAAAGCAUUGCAAGUCUUUUGAAUCACUCAGGGAACAUCUCACUGGUCCAUUGCCAAAGUCAAAUUGUUCAACAAUUUAUUCCGAACGGGGUUGCAAUCUAUGCCUCAAAAUCUGUGAUAGCCUCACUUCUCUCAAUGACCAUAAGAAAAUUUGUUGCCUAUCUGCACCUGUUCCUUUAGGCACUACUAAGAAGUCGGAUGCAGAAUCUCAGAUUGAGGUUUCAAACUCUAAUGAUGUAAACCUAAUUGGAAGUGGUUCUAAAGCGGUAGCUUUAGACUGUGAAAUGGUAGGAGGUGGAGAUGAUGGAACACUCGACGUCUGUGCUAGAGUCUGCCUCAUUGAUGAAGAUGAGAAUUUGCUGUUUCAUGCUUACGUGCAUCCUCUAAUUUCUGUCACUAAUUACAGAUAUGAAGUAACUGGAUUAACAGAAGAGCAUCUGAGUAAUGCCAUGCCACUAAAAGAAGUGCAAGAAAAGAUUUCACAAAUUCUGUACAAUGGAGAGUCUACUGGGAGUGAAUGGUCGGAUGGUGCUAAAGCCAGACUUCUUGUGGGACAUAGUAUAAAGCAUGAUUUGGAUUGCUUGAGAAUGAAUUAUCCUGAUCACUUGCUAAGGGAUACUGCAAACUAUCGACCAUUGAUGAAAACGAACCUGGUUAGCCACUCUCUGAAGUACCUCACACGAACAUAUCUGGGGUAUGAUAUUCAAUCUGGCACGCACGAUCCAUACGAAGAUUGUGUGUCUGUAAUGAGACUUUACAAAAGAAUGCGUGAUUUAAACCACGAAGAGAGCAUUGAGGCAUCAUUUUCUGUUCACCGUACCGAAAGCUUCAGAGUUGAUCUGAGUUCAUGGACCAAAGAACUGGAGACGAUGACACCAGAUGAGCUUUAUCAAAUGUCCACAUCCAACUACACGUGCUGGUGCCUAGAUCAAAGGCAGAAUGCAAAUACCAACUGAACUCUUACUCUAUCCAUAGGAAGAUAUAUGAUGAACUCUUGAGGUUAGUUACUCAAGUUUUGUUUUGGCUCAGAUUAACGCCAAAUUAAAUAUCAUUAGGAUAUUACAGAUCUUGUAAUGCUGGUGACUUUUAUUUAAUUUUAUUUGUAGUGUAUAGAGUUUGUAAAUACACAUUGUGUGGUUCCCUUCCUUUAACCAUCGCAUUGCAUUGGUUUUGACUUUUGAGUUAAAA